CCGAGAUCUCGGAGAAUGCCGCCGUGUGUGUGUGUGUGCCGGAUGCAUCCAUUCGAACCGGCUACCAUCCCGCCUGGCUUGCGGCCCUGUCCAGCCCUCAUCGAUCUCACCAGCCAACGAUCUCGCCAACGAUCUCACCAGCAAUCUCACCAACGAUCUCACCAACGAUCCACCCCGUGCACUUGCCUGCUCCUGCAUCCUAUUCCUGCCCUCAGCCAAUCACCCCCAGCCGACACUGCUCCAGAGCCAUGGACCGCCCGCGUGUUUAUGUCGGCUGCCUGCUGCCCGUCGAGCGUUUCAGCUCGUCCGAGUCGAUCUGGCAAAAGGCCGAGAUUCUGUCGAUCCGGAAUGCGGAUGUGUCACUGGAGAACGCAGAGUUCUACGUGCAUUACGAGGGCUUCAACAAGCGUCUGGAUGAGUGGGUGCCCUUCAAGCGGCUCAAUCUCGACAAGGUCGAGUAUCCAAAGGUCGUAGCGCCGACUCCAAAGAAGAAGAGCAGCGGCGCCUCGCAGCACGGCUCGGUUUCGUCGACACCGGUCCCAGGCACCCCAAUGCACCAACCCGCAUCCAAGUCCAAGGGAAAGGGUCGGAAAGGGAAGGGUGCCAGCUCUACUCUUGUUCAGUCCUUCAGCGCUUCCAGCGUGGUUGACUCCCCAGCGUCGCUCGCCACGCCAUCCAGCGAUCUGAAGCGGAAGCGGUCGCAGAUGGAAUCUAGUUCGUCGUCGCUUCAAAACUCGCCCGGAGGCAACGACGACUUUGCCGUGGGCUCCAACGACGUGGAAAUGUCGGAUGCCCUCUCUCAGCAGGACGAUGAGAGGGCGGGCGACGACCCCGACGCCGACGCCGACUCGACUCAGGGCUUCUCCAAGGAACGAGAGAUCGAGAAGCUGCGGACGGGCGGCUCGAUGACCCAGUGCAUUACCGAGAUCUCGCGGGUUCGAAACAUCUCGUCCAUCAUCAUGGGCAAGCACGAGGUCGAAACAUGGUACUUUUCGCCAUAUCCCGAAGAGUUUUGCACUGGCGGAAAGAUAUACAUUUGCGAGUUCUGUCUCGAGCCCUAUGCGUCAGCAUAUGCCUUUGAGCGCCACCGGAAAAAGUGCACCCUCCAUCAUCCACCCGGCAAUGAAAUCUACCGCAAGGACCACAUUUCGUUCUUUGAGCUAGACGGGCGGCGCCAGCGCCACUACUGCCGAAAUCUGUGUCUGCUGUCGAAGCUGUUCCUGGACCACAAGACGCUCUACUACGACGUCGACCCGUUCCUCUACUAUAUCAUGACGGCGUGCGACGAUGUCGGCUUCCAUCUCCUCGGAUACUUUUCCAAGGAGAAGCAAAGCAGCGAGGACUACAAUGUCGCCUGUAUCCUGACGCUUCCACAACACCAGCGAAUGGGCUAUGGAAAGCUCCUCAUUGCGUUCUCGUACGAGCUGACAAAGAUCGAGAAGAAGACCGGAAGUCCCGAGAAGCCCCUCUCGGAUCUCGGACUGCUCUCUUACCGUGCCUUUUGGAGCGAGGUGAUUCUCGAGAAGCUGAUACAUUACCACGGCGAGAUCUCGAUCGAGCAGCUGCGCGACGAAACCUCCUUCACAAUCGACGAUAUCAUGCUGACGCUCCAGGCCCUGGAUCUGCUCAAGUUCUAUAAGAACAGCCCGGUUCUCUAUCUGAGCGACAAGAACAUUGAGCACCUCCAAAAGUCCAUCAAGAAGGCAAAGAUCAAGAUCGAUCCUUCCAAAAUCGAGUGGAAGCCGCCCGUUUUCCGCCCGAACCAGCUGCAAUUCCUGUGAGAAGCCUGGUCCGACAUGGACUUGACCCUCCACAGACUUGCCCCGCAUCCGCUCAACGAAGGGAUUGGAUUUUUCUGUUGACUCGGAUCGGUGUCUUGUCGCGGUGCCGGAGCCUGUCAGCGCUGCCGCGAUGAUUCCCUGGGUUGGGCAUCGCGGAUCUCCCAUG